AGGUCGCUUAUUGUCCGUUUAAUAUCUACGGCGCAAACCGGAUUCUUUUAUACGACCAAACGACUCCGCCAGGGUGCCUUGCUAUCUGCAGUGAAGUACGAUCCCAUGGUGAAGCGGAGGGUUCUAUUUGUGGAAAGUAAAAAGACCAAAAAAUAG